AUGAGUCAACUUCGUCUGCGCGUUGAGGGUCAAACAUUCCGUGACCCCCUGAAUCGAGAAGUCAUUUUGCGGGGAAUAAAUGUGGCAGGCGACGCUAAAUAUCCUAAAACUCCGGAUCUCAGAUCCCACAACCUCCAGGGGUUCUUCGACGCGGAUGUAUCGUUCGUGGGAAGGCCGUUCUCCCUGGAAGAUGCGGACACGCAUUUCAAACGUCUGCGAAAAUGGGGAUACAACACGAUCAGAUAUAUCUUUACUUGGGAGGCAAUUGAACACACUGGCCCUAAGAUCUAUGACGAGGAAUGGAUUGACUUCACCAUUGGAAUUCUUCGUGUCGCCAAGAAAUACAAGUUCUAUGUUUUCAUGGAUCCGCAUCAGGACGUUUGGUCCCGAUUAUCAGGAGGGUCCGGAGCACCUACAUGGACGCUCUAUGCUGCAGGACUAAAUCCCAAGAAUUUCAAAAAUACACAAGCUGCCCUCGUCCACAACACAUGGGAUAACCCCUCAGAAUUCCCGAAGAUGCUUUGGUGUACGAACUACACUAGGUUAGCCUGCCAGACGAUGUUUACUCUGUUCUGGGCAGGUCGAGAUUUCGCACCGAAAGCGAUCAUUGAUGGUGUGAAUAUCCAGGAUUAUUUACAAAGCCACUUUAUUGCGGCAUGCGAAUACCUUGCACAGAGAAUUCAAAGCGCUGGUGGCCUCGAAGGAGAGGUUGUCAUUGGGUGGGAAAGUAUAAACGAACCCAAUAAAGGACUGAUCGGGAUUCAAGAUAUUUCGUCAAUCCCACCAGAGCAGCAUCUGCAACUCGGAACGUCUCCAACAGUCUUUCAGGGUAUGAUAAUUGGCUCCGGUCGGCCCUGUGAGGUUAAAACCUGGUCUUUCGGGGGGUUUGGCCCAUACCAGACAGGGAGGGAGGUUAUCAACACAAAGGGCGAACUAGCUUGGCUUUCCACUGAAUAUGACGACUCUCAAUAUGGCUGGAACCGCGAUCCAGGUUGGAGGCUCGGUGAAUGCCUCUGGGCGCAACAUGGAGUUUGGGAUUCGUCCAAAAGCAACCCCAGCCUGCUACAAAAAGACUACUUUUCAAGGAAUCUACGGACGGGCGAGAUACUUGACUACGAAGGCUUUACAAACUCUUACUUUCUAAAUCACUAUCGAGCUUAUAAGCAAGCGAUUCGCAGAGUGUGUGGGAGCACUAUUAUGUUUUGCCAGCCACCUGUCAUGGAACUACCACCAAGCCUCAAGGACACCGCAGAUGAUGAUCCAAACAUGGUUCAUGCGGUUCACUUUUAUGAUGGUUUGACUCUUAUAACAAAGCACUGGAAUCGACUUUACAAUAUGGACGUUGUCGGCUUGCUCCGUGGCAAGUACCUUGCGCCAGCCUUCGCAAUGAAAAUCGGCGAGAGAUCGAUUCGAAAGAGCCUACGUCAUCAACUGAAGUUUCUGCGCGAAGAAAGUCUUGAACAUAUGGGUGAUCAUCCCCUAAUAUUUACCGAGAUUGGCAUCCCAUAUGAUAUGAAUGACAAACAUGCAUACAAGACUGGAGACUACCGUAACCAGAUCAGAGCAAUGGAUGCCAAUCAUUUUGCUUUAGAAGGAAGCAAGUCCAAUGGGUUUGCAUUGUGGGUUUAUAUGGCAGAGAAUGACCAUCAAUGGGGCGAUCAAUGGAAUGGGGAGGAUCUCUCCAUAUUCUCACCCAAGGAUUUGAAAUUUCCUAUCAAAUCCAUUAUCGAUGUAAAAAGGCCUGGUUCAACUGACCAUCUUCUCGGCGUGGAAGAGAGGGAAUUAGGCACGUUGAAGAAUUUGACACCACGAUGCUCCCUCAGCGAUUUCUCCCAGGUAGAUCUGCAGCCGCAACAGGGCUACAGGGCGGCGGAAGCAUAUCUCCGCCCUACUCCGAUCUACACGAAUGGGCGAUUACACAGUUACACUUUUGAUUUGAAGAAGUGUACAUUCACAAUGCGAUUCAUUGCAAAUCAAACAGCGCCUCACGCCCCGAGUGAAAUAUACCUCCCUGAGUUUCAUUUUCCAAUGGGCGAGACAUCGGUUAUGGUGAGUGGAGGGAAGUGGGAGAUCUGCCUACUUGAAUUCCAUACGGCCAAGGUUCAAUAUCUGAGAUGGUGGCAUGAGGAAGGGAAAGCGGAGAUCAAGAUCCGGAGAAUAAAAUGCACACGAGGGGAAUAUGUCAGCCUGGAAAAGCUACACAGGACUCGAUGCAUGAUGAUGUGA